AUGAUAGCAGUGCAUUGGAAAACUGAAUUAUGUUGUCUUCUUAGGUUUCCUCUUACUCGACCCAGUCUUUGUAAAAAAUGGGAGGCAGCCGUCAGAAGGAAAAACUUUAAGCCCACCAAGUACAGCAGCAUUUGCUCAGAACACUUUACUCCGGACUGCUUUAAGAGGGAGUGCAACAACAAGUUACUGAAAGAGGACGCUGUCCCCACAAUAUUUCUUUGUACUGAACCACAUGACAAGAAGGAAGAUCUUCCAGAGCCCCCAGAACAGCUUCCCCGACCUCCUUCAACACCCCCCGUUUCCCAGGUUGAUGCUGCUAUCGGGUUACUCAUGCCUCCUCUUCAGACCCCUGAUAACCUCUCCGUGUUCUGUGACCACAACUACACUGUGGAGGACACCAUGCACCAGAGGAAGAGGAUUCACCAGCUCGAACAGCAAGUAGAGAAGCUCAGGAAGAAGCUCAAGACCGCACAGCAGCGGUGCAGAAGACAGGAGCGGCAGCUAGAGAAGCUAAAGGAGGUCGUGCACUUCCAGAAGGAGAAAGACGACGUCUCCGAGAGGGGUUAUGUGAUUCUACCAAAUGACUAUUUUGAAAUAGUUGAAGUCCCAGCCUGAAGAGUGAAAUUUGUGUUGGUGUUCAAUGGGGCAAUACCACCUACCCUCUUCUAGCCUGUAGAGGAGUUUCAUUUGAAAAAAAUUACACUUGAUCACUUGUAUAAAAACAAUUCAGAAUAUUUUUUUAAAAGAAUAAAUUAGAUAUAUACUGUAAAAUUGUAAAUGUU